AUGGGUGCAUUCUUCUACAUUAAAUGGUUCCUAUUGAUUGCUUUAAUGGCCACAAUUUUAUCGGCGUUCUAUUUGAUGAGUUCACAAGGUGAAAAGACGGCCAACAAAUAUUCUGUGGUCAAUCCAAAAUUUGAAUCAAUUGUGAAUCAACUCUUACCUCCGUCGAAUCGCUCUGCUUUAUCGGUGCCUCAGAAAGCCAUGAAUAAAGUCAUCGCGCAAAAGCCUCCUUUUGCGGAAGACACUUUCACUAUUCCUCUCUCUGAGGUAAUCCAGUUUUCAGCAUUUUACUGA